GGCUGGAAGUCGCUGCCCGGGCGGAGGAAGCGGCCGGGGCCGGAGCCGAGCCCGGCGAUGGCUGCAGCGGGGCCGGCGCAGCUCCAGGUGGCGUUUGAGGACGUCGCUCUGUAUUUCACCCGGGAGGAGUGGGAGCUCCUAUCCCAGCCAGAGCAGCAGCUGUACCGGGACCAGAUGCUGAGGAAUUACUGGACCCUCCUUUCCCUGGGCUCUUCAGGUUCCAAACCGGACUUAAUCCACCGGAUCGAGCUAGGGGACGCAGAGCUCUGGAUCCAGGAUGCCAAGGACUCCAGGGUAAACUCUGGGCCAGAGAGCCCCUGCUCAGGGCCUGAGAGCCCCUGCUCAGCCAGGCUCGGGAUCCUGGGAGGAACGCAGGCACAGUCUGAGUGUGGGGAGAGCGCGGCAGGAAAGCAGGAUCCCACGGCCCGCAGGGGGAUCCAUGCACAGGAUGCAGUCCAUCUCCAGGAUAAACUCAGCCAGAGACCAGAUGUGGUUACACAACAGAGACUCCCCAGGGGCCGGCGCCUCCACCAUCGCAUCAACUGCAGCAAGAGGUUCAGCAACCCCUCUGCACUGAACCAGCAUCGGUGCAUGCACCCCAGGGAGCAACGGUAUCGCUGUGCUGACUGCGGCAAGGGCUUUGCACACAGCUCAAGCCUGAUAAUACACCGGCGCACACACACCGGGGAACGGCCGCACCACUGUGCUGAGUGUGGCAAGGGCUUUGCACAGUUUGCACACCUGAAAACACACCAGCGCACACACACUAAGGAGCGGCCAUACUGCUGUGCUGACUGUGGCAAAGGCUUUGCACACAGCACAAGCCUGAGAGUACAUCAACGCACGCACACCGGGGAGCGGCCGUACCGCUGCACCGACUGCGGCAAGAGCUUUGUACAGUUCGCACACCUGACAGCACACCAGCGCACACACACUGGGGAGCGACCGCACUGCUGUGCUGACUGCGGCAAGGGCUUUGCACAGAUCUCAGUGCUGAGAAUGCAUGAGCGCACUCACUCAGGGGAGCGACCGCACUGCUGUGCUGACUGCGGCAAGGGCUUUGCACAGAUCUCAGUGCUGAGAAUGCAUGAGCGCACUCACUCAGGGGAGCGACCGCACCGCUGUGCUGACUGCGGCAAGGGCUUUGCACAGAUCUCACAGCUGAGAAGUCACCAGCGCACACACACUGGGGAGCGGCCGCACCACUGCACCAUUUGUGGCAAGAGCUUUGCAGACAGCUCAAAACUGAGAAUACAUCAGCGCACACACACCGGGGAGCGGCCGCACCGCUGUGCUGAGUGUGGCAAGAGCUUUGCACAGAUUGCACACCUGAGAACACACCAGCGCAUACACACUAAGGAGCGGCCAUACUGCUGUGCUGACUGUGGCAAAGGCUUUGCACACAGCACAAGCCUGAGAAGUCACCAGCGCACACACACCGGAGAGCGGCCGUACCGCUGCACCGACUGCGGCAAGAGCUUCGUACAGUUCCCACACCUGACAGCACACCAGCGCACACACACUGGGGAGCGGCCGUACAGCUGUGAUGUGUGUGGCAAGAGUUUCAUCCGUGCCAGCGUGCUGACCAAACACCAGCGCACACACACAGGGGAGCGGCCGCACUGCUGUGGCAGCUGUGGUAAGAAGUUCAGCAGUACCGACAGGCUGACCCAGCACCAGCGCACCCACACCGGGGAGCGGCCGCAUCGCUGUGCUGACUGCGGGAAGGGCUUUGACUAUAUCUCAAACCUGAGAGCACACCAGCGCACACACACCGGGGAGCGGCCGUACAGCUGUCCCAAUUGUGGCAAGAGCUUCAGCAGUUCCCAAGCAGUGACCAAACAUCAGACCGUGCACACCGGGAAGCGGCCAUUUGAAUGCACUGCCUGUGGCAAAAGCUUUGCACAACGCUCAUGCCUAAAAAUACACCAGCGCAUUCAUACCGGGGAGCAGCCUUACAGCUGUGCUUAUUGUGGCAAAUGCUUUUCUCAUUUGGGCAACCUCACCCGGCACCAGGCCACUCACACCAACACCCUUGUGUCACUGCCAGGGUCUGAGGGGCUUCUGGCAGCCGAUGAGCAUGGCACAGUGCCAGCAGAUACAGACCAGAAAGUGGUCCUCUCCCCAUGAUACCCAGCAGAGAGACUGUGUGGAGCAGGGAAGAGGACUUGGCUGAGUAGUGUGGGGAAGAGCAGACAGGUGGGUAGCUAUCCCAUGGAGCAUCUCUUCCUCUUCUGCCGCUAAGCGUUUUGAGAAGUGAAGAGGAGCUCGACAUUGAUCUCACCACCCAUAGUGUCUACGACACAAGAUUGCUUGUGGCAUUCACGGAGGUGCUUACCACAGUGGAACAGUGCUUUUGGGCUUGGGAAAC